CUGCUUCUCCUCCUCCUCAGUCAAUGCGCUCCUUGAGCUCACCACUCAACUCCGCACUGUAGUAUUGAGCUCCGCUUCUCUGCUUAUUCCCCGUUAAUUGCUAAUUAUCGCACAGGCGUUUUAAUGUCCCGUCCGGUAAAGCGCUUCCUGCGAUGGCCGCGUCCCAUAAAGCUGCUGUGGGCCGAACGCUGAUGCUGGCGCUCGCGGUCCUCUCACCUGCCUUUACUGUGUUGUGCAACGACAUCCUUGGCCUGAAGGUGGCAGGAGAUCCGGUUCUGACCCCCAAUGCAGUGUGUUUGCGACUGGCCGGCUUGAGUAAGCGGCAGAUGAGGCUGUGCGUCCGAAAUCCCGAUGUGACUGCCUCUGCCCUGCAAGGCAUACAAGUGGCCAUUCAUGAAUGCCAACACCAGCUCAAAAACCAACGCUGGAACUGCUCUACACUGGAGAACCAUGGCAAGGUGCCACACCAGAGCACCAUCCUCAACAGGGGUUUCAGAGAGAGUGCCUUCUCUCUGGCUCUGCUGGCAGCUGGUGUGGCUCACUCUGUGGCUUCAGCCUGCAGUAUGGGCAAGCUGCGUGGCUGUGGCUGUGACGCUAAGCGUCGGAUAGACGACGACAAAAUCCGCCUCAAGCUAACUCAGCUACAGCUGCAGACGCUGCAGAGGGACGGGUUGAGGCACACACCUGAGUUUAAAACAAACCACAGCAAGCUACCCUCUUACCUGCGCUCUGCCCAUCCUGGCACACUCCUCAAACCAGAAGAACUCACAUCACUGCAGGACACCUGGGAGUGGGGAGGCUGCAGCCAUGACCUUCGCUUUGGUGUCCGCUUUUCCAGGGACUGGUUGGACUCCAGGGGCUCGUCUCGUGAUAUACAUGCCCGAAUGAAGAUGCACAACAAUCGAGUUGGCAGGCAGAUAGUGACGGACAACAUGAAAAGGAAGUGCAAAUGUCAUGGCACCUCAGGAAGCUGCCAGUUCAAGACCUGCUGGUAUGUGUCUCCUGAGUUCCGGCUGGUGGGCUCCCUGCUGCGACAGAAGUUCCAAUCUGCCGUCUUCAUCAACUCCCAGAAUAAGAACAGCGGUGUGUUUAACCCACGUGUAGCAGCAGGGGCGGCCGGGUCGGAGCAUGGCAGGCCUCGGCGGCGCAGCCUCUCCAGGGAGCUGGUUUACUUUGAGAAAUCCCCUGACUUCUGUGAGCGUGAUGCGUCCAUGGACUCGCCUGGUACUCAAGGCCGCAUCUGCAACAAGAGUAGUCCAGGGAUGGACGCAUGCGACUCGCUGUGCUGUGGCCGUGGACACAACAUCCUGAGGCAGGCACGCAGUGAACGCUGCCACUGCCGCUUCCACUGGUGCUGCUACGUGCUCUGUGAUGAGUGCAGGGUCACAGAGUGGGUCAACGUGUGCAAGUGAAUGGCCUGAUCAUUGGAUGGAAACAUUGGACAAGUAGGGGCGAAAGGCAUUAGCCUACCGCUCUCACACCAAGUGUGUGUUCAACAGUAUCAGUUUAGCCACUUCUCCUUUCAGCCUUCUCAUCUGGGUUCCAUUUGCUUUGUGUGGCUGUUGUUAUUCUCCAAAUGCCAAGUCAAAAGACUGAGGAGAGGAGUGACUCAUGUCAUUUUGCUUUGUUUCCACUGUUUGGGCUCUUCAGCCAUGAAAAUGCACCGAACGCCAUCUGUGUUCUUCACAAUAACGAGGCACAGCAGCAGGAAUGCAUUACUGCUGAAAAGGAAAGGCAAUGCCACCAUAUACAGUUAUGUGUAUAUUUGGACAUGUGUGCUUAAUGAAAUGAUCUCGCCAUGACAAAUCUUUGCAAGUUGUGCUUAUGAUCUUUUAGAUGACAAAACUGGUACUAAAAGCCAGGCAGUUUCAGAGAGAACAGAAAAUGCGCCUUUUUGCCCACUUGGUUGAAUUUAAUGUAAAGCAGGACAGAUGUGAUAUGAAUAUAACCUGUACCGAUGGAGGUUGGACAGUAAAGACUUGAAUGCUUAGAAACAGUUAAGAUACUGCAAUGAAUAAAUAUACACUGUGUUAGGCUGUGUGCAGAAAAUUGCAGAAAUGAUAAUCAUUUUACUGUGACACUGAGACAUAUAUAUAUAUAUAUAUAUAUAUAUAUAUAUAUAUAUAUAUAUAUAUAUAUAUGACGGUCAGUAAGAGUAAUUAUAAUAUGACAUAAAUUGUCCCUUUGUCCCCCUUCAGAAAACUGUCCUGUGUUCAAAUUUACUUUAGAAACUAUUAUUUUUGGCAGGAGAUUUCAUGCUGGAAGUUUUGUUCUUGUACGGUGGCUGCAGAACCAAGAAUGUGUCUAGAGAACUGAGACGAAUGAUAAAUUUAGGAAUGAAUCAGUAUCUUUCAGAGUGUGGCUCAAAGUGGGCAACCUGGUUUCCUUCGAGGCUGACGAUUAUAAGAGUGAACAAGAUUGAGGAGGGGAACGACACCAGAUCAGCUGUAUGAACAGCUAGUUGACACUGCACCAUGUGACUCGACUCUGAGGACAGUUGGUGCGUGUUUUGCAUCUGUCACUAAAAAGUCUGGAAGGAAGACUGUGCUUUAACUCAACACAGACCCAGCUAAUGUCAAAGCGUUACUGAGACUUUGUACAGUGCACCCUUCAAAAGUUGUAAAAAUGUGAAUAAACUAUAUGUUAUUUUAUAACA